CUGGUGCCACGCUGCGCGCCUGCUCAGUGCGUCCUCACCGCUGCUGCUCGGAUCCUGAACCAGGAGCUGCUCCGUCCCGUAGGUCUACUGCACGCUUUGUGUGUGUGACAGAGUGUGUGAGUGUUUGUGUGUGUAUGAGUGUGUGUGUGUGUGAGAGAGAGCUGUCUGAUGGUAACCUAUGGAUUGACGGAGGGAGGCUUUUGUUGUCAGCCCGGUGGAGCUGGACUGUCCCCGGAGAUGCCCAGAGGAUCCGGAUCUGUGAGAUACCCGGGAGAACUACGAUAUUGACAUGAAGAAGGACAUAGAGACUCUAAUAGCAGAGGAACGUGCUGACAUCAUCUUGAAGUAUGCUACGGGCAGGCAGGGCGGAGUGGAGAUUGACCCCUGGGAAGAUGCUGACUACAGUAUCUACAAAGUCAUCGACCGCUUCGGCUUCAUGCAUGAGGACGAGCUGCCGGCCCCGACAGCACACGAGGAAAAGAGGAAGCAGCUGGAGAUCGAGAGAGCAGAGAAGUGGCUGAAGAUGGUGAAGAAGUGGGAUAAAUACAGGAACAGUGACCGGAUGGUGAAACGGGUUUAUAAGGGCAUUCCCCUGCAGCUGCGAGGCCGGGCCUGGGCGCUGAUGCUGGACGUGGAGAGGACUAAGAAGGAGAACGAGGGCAAAUACGAGAAAAUGAAGGAGCAGGCCCGACUGUACUCACCUGAGAUCAAACAGAUCGACCUGGACAUCAACAGGACUUUCAGGGACCACAUCAUGUUCAUGGAUCGCUUCGGAGUCAAGUAAGUCUCACGGUGUUCGGAUCAAACUGUCCAGAGUUUGCACGAAGCUUUGGGAAGCUGUGGUCAGAUUUAUGUUCAUGUUGUGUUCAC